CUCAGUAGUUUCAGUGUGCAGCUCUUCUUCCUCCCUCUUCUCAUCAGUCCUUCCUGAUGUGAACGCUGAAAAAGGAAGUGGGUCACAGACACACACAAGCUGCGACGCGAACAGAUGCUCCUUCAGCUCUCCUGGGCUAUUCGGAAACAUCUAGAGCAUGGAAGGAAAUGGACUGUCCAACCGCACAAACAUCAACGGGUCGUCGCACUGCGAUCAGGUCAAACCUUCAGCCGACCUUUUCUUCAUUCUGGUCUACAGUCUGGUGUUUCUGGUGGGUUUAGUCCUUAACGGAUUCACCCUGAAAGUUUAUUUCUUCAGCGCUCACCAGCAGGUGUCCAGCAGCGUGACCAUCUACCUGAAGAACCUGGUAGCUGCAGACUUCCUGCUCACCCUCAGCCUCCCCAUCAGAAUUGGCCACUUCGCCAGCCGCUCUGUCACCAUGAUCAGGGUCUACUGCAACUUUGGCGCCUCUGCGUUUUACCUGAACAUGUACGCCAGCAUCCUGUUCAUGGGUUACAUUGCAGCAAACAGGUAUCUAAAGAUCGUCCAUCCUUUAGGGACACACAUCUUUCAGACAGUGCGAGCCGCCCACAUCAUCUCUGCGGCAACCUGGGUUGUCCUCUUGGCCAUAAUGACCACCUACGUCACCCUGUCGUUCCUCACCGAGGAACCAAUUCUGUCCGUCCCAAAUACCCUGAGCUGUGACGCUCUGCACAGUGAACAACUCAGCCUCUUCUACAAAGUCAUCCACACCUGGUCUGCGGCCAUCUUCAUCAUCGUCCUCGUCUCCCUCAUCUUCUUCUACCACGGCACCUCCCACAGGUUGUCAGAAGCACAGCAGAGACAGCAGGCGUCCUCUGGAUCCAAGAAGCUCGCCAAGUCCCGCAGGAACAUGUUGGUGCUGGUCAGCGUCUUCUGCGUCUGCUUCGUCCCGUACCACCUGGUCCGCCUGCCGUACGCUUUCCUGAAGGGGUGGUGCUCAUGGAGGCAUGCCUUCUUCUACCUGAAGGAGCUGACUGUCAUGGUGUCCGUUCUCAACGUCUGCCUGGACCCGCUCAUCUAUUUCAUCUUCUGCAAAGCCUUCAGGGCCCAGCUGAGGUUGAGGAGGGUGUUCAGCGCCAGAGAGGAUCCGACGCACAGGGCGAGCGCAGAGAGGAGGAGCAGCGACUUGCGGAUGAGCACCAUCAUGUUCAACAGGAAGUCAUCACUCACAGCCACUUAGCCCAUCAGCAUGCUUUAGGGCACCUGGAUUGCUGGGAGUGUUUACCCCAUUGGCCGGGUUUGUUUGGACACACUCUGAUGAGGAACAAGAGA